AUGGACGAAUAUAGCGUGCGGCGUCUGGCCGCCCGCUGGGGGUGGACUGAGGUGCAGCACAAUGUGGAGAGUCGCGUGAUGGGCUUUGUGAGGGGCGGCGAGAGGGUGAACGUCUACUACACCACCGGCACUGUGGGCACGUGCGUCAACCACCCGCGGGCGGGCAAGACGCAGCUCUUCCGCCGCAACCAGACCCUGGCCACGCUAGGCAACAUAUUCCAGGACCCCCGGGUGCAUACGGGCGCCGGCUAUUACCGCCGCCACAGCGACGCCCGCCCUGAACUCAGCCAGGACAGCGGCGGAGGAAACCAGAUAUGGGCGUGCCUGGGCAGCAAGCGCCUGGAGGACGCCCUGCUUGAUGGCUGGGACGAGGCUUGCACUGUGCUGGCGCUGGGCGCCGGCUACUUCACAGCGGAUUGCCAUGGCGCGACUGCCUGGUGGGACGUGCCCAUUGAACUGCACAACAAGGUCAAUGGCCGCCAGAAGAGCCUGCCGCCCGUGGACUAUGUGGUACUGGGGGAGGGUGACGAUUACUUUGUGCAAUUUGCCGACGGCAGCUGCCAGUGGAGUGCCUAUGACCACAGCGUCUGGGAGAUCCUGCAGUCUCGCGAGGGCACCCCGGUCGAGCUGCUGGCCUUUGCGCCCGGCGGCGGCUACUACAUCAUGUGGGAGGACGGCGAGUCGUGCUGGCUGGGCCUGCCACGCGGCCUGCAUAACAAGCUGAUCGGGCGCCAGAAGAGCCGCGCGGGCGUGGAGUUCCUUGCGGUCGGCCCCGAGGGCGAGUGGUUUGUGCGGUUCCUGGAUGGCGGCUGGAGGGCUGAUGACAUCACCGAUGGCUGCAGCGAAACGCUGCAUGAGCUAGACAAGCAGGGCUGGUCAAUACUGAAGGUGCUGUUUGGGCACAACGGCAGCUGGGCGAUCAUCUACUCGUAG